UGCAAAGACACGGUCAUUUGACGAUUCUUUUUUUUUUCAUUUUCAAGAGGAGCAUGUUUGGCUCACUCUUUUUGUUUUAAUAAUGAGUUUUUUACUCCGGGCUGGAGCUUUACGAGCUCCUAUUGUUCCGGUGACGAGAAGGACGAUAUCAACCUCACCAAGACUUUCAAGAGUGCCACAUGGUGCAACAGCUAAGAGGAAACAUGGACCGAACAAGGUUGAUGCGAAAAUGGCUGGAGAGAAGAAGCCUGAACCUCCUCUGAAGCCAGUGACCAAAACUGAUGAGAGAAAUGAUAAGAAAAGAAUGAGAUUCGGCAUGGACAAAAAGUCAAGUGGUCGACAUGGAAUGUUCCGAUCAACUGUUUUGAUGAAAUUUCAAGAUGUCAUGAAAAACACUAGCAAAUCAGCCGUGUCGGCUGCGGGUGUAGGGGAGGAUGAACUCCAUCAGCAAGCCUCCAUGUUUAUGAACGUGCUAGACUCAGCAUUCGACAUGGCCGAACAAAAUAUCACCGACCGAGUCAAGAACCCCCUAUUCUGGAAUCUUCGCGACGCUUUCAUCUUGAAGGAUAUCAAGGGUCUCACAAAUGAGAUCCAGUACUCCUUUCAAUCAUUUCUCAUUCGACAGCGCUUCUCAAAGGGCUUGGAGGAGAGCCAUAAGCGACUUUUGGACUUUCGGUUCCCCUAUGAGUGGUUCCCUGCGACGAGAGCCAUGCAGCGCACGAUCCAUGUUCACGUUGGACCGACGAAUUCCGGAAAGACGUAUAGAGCCUUGAAAGCGUUGGAGAAUUCGAAGCGAGGAGUUUAUGCAGGGCCUUUGCGUUUGCUAGCAAACGAGGUUUAUCAGAGACUUACGGCUAAGGGAUUGCCGUGCGCGCUGUUGACGGGAGAGGAAGUUCGUUUGCCCGAAGAUACAGAUACGUACUUCACAAGUUGUACAGUCGAAAUGGUUCCCUUCAAUGACCGGUUUGAUGUUGCUGUCAUUGAUGAGAUUCAGAUGCUAGCUGAUCCGGACCGUGGCAACGCUUGGACAACUGCGCUGUUGGGUGUUCAAGCGAAGGAGGUUCACCUUUGUGGUGAGGAGCGAACUGUGAGUCUGAUCCAGAGUAUUUGCGCAGGUAUCGGCGAUAAGUGUAUCGUACAUCGAUAUGAUCGCCUUAGUCCUUUGGAGCCCAUGAAUGAUGCCCUGGAUGGUGAUUACAGUCGUCUCGAAAAGGGAGAUGCGAUUGUCGCAUUCAGUCGUCUGAACUUGCACGCAUUGAAACGAACGAUCGAGAAGAAGACCGGACGACGGUGUGCGAUUAUUUACGGAUCUUUACCACCUGAAGUGCGUGUUCAGCAAGCAGCGCUCUUCAACGACCCCGACAACGAUUACGACUUUAUCGUUGCCAGUGACGCUAUCGGCAUGGGUCUGAACUUGGAGAUUCGACGAGUUAUUCUCGAAGCAGUCGCCAAAUUUGACGGAAGUCAUAACAGAAUGCUCACGUACCCUGAGCUAAAGCAGAUUGGCGGUCGAGCUGGACGAUAUCGAACCGUUCGUAACGCCGCCGAGGCUGGGACAAAUGCCGACGUUGCUGUUGAGGAGGAGACAAAGGUUGGCUAUGUCACAACAAUGGAUACCCAGGAUCUCAGGUCGGUUCAUCGAGCUUUUGGCGCCAAAGUCGAUGAUAUCGAGGCUGCAUACAUAUCACCCCCGGCUGCUGCUAUCGAGCGCUUCUCAACAUACUUCCCCAAGGGGACACCUCUAUCGUUUAUCCUCAUGCGCAUUCGAGAGCUAGCGUCUGUGAGCAAGCAGUACAGAAUCCACAUCUCUCCAGAUAAGCUAGAGAUUGCCGAUCACAUCCAGGAUAUCCCUCUGACGAUCUAUGAUCGACUUUUGUUCACCAACUUGCCCAUAAAUGCACGAGCUCAGAACGCAGUACCUGUUCUCCGAGCCCUCGCCAGGAUCGUCGCCAACAGCGAAGACGGCGGACUUCUCAAAAUCAAAGAAAUACCCCUGGAGAACCUUGAGAUCGACUUCAAGACGUUCAAGGGCACGUCAAUGGAAUAUCUUCACCGACUUGAAUCACUACACGCUGCUAUCAACCAGUAUAUCUGGCUAUCCUACCGAUUCAGCGGCUUGUUCCGCGACCAAAAGCUAGCAUUCCACGUCCGAUCCCUCGUCGAAGAAAAGUUGAUCGAUACACUGGAGAGACUUGAUUUCACAGAAUCCGACCUCAAGGGCUUCCGAUCUCGAAACAGAAUGGAAGCGCGCAAGACAACAACAUCGCGUGAGGAGUUGGGAGAGACAGAUCUUAAGAAUCUUGAACAAGAGUCGGAUGAUACACCAAUUGGAGAUGAGCUGGACUGGAAGGCAGCUGCUCCGACGUCAGGAUGAUUGUAUAGUAUAUGACAUGGCAUAUGAACGGCGUUGGAUUGGGACUGUAUAGAGAUGGGUUGGAUGUAUUAUCAUUAGAACAAUGUAUCACCACAGUUGUAUAAUAGAGAAUGCGUACAUGAAAUAUCAUGGUAAAUUUCCGCACGUGCCUUUGUUUCAUAUGAGUGUUUGCAAC